AGAUGGCCCCUCCAGGCCAGGCGCUGCGGACACCCCUCCCUCCGGCUGGCGGAUGCAGUGCCUAGCGGCCGCUCUUAAGGACGAAACCAACAUGAGUGGGGGAGGGGAGCAGGCCGACAUCCUGCCGGCCAACUACGUGGUCAAGGAUCGCUGGAAGGUGCUGAAAAAGAUCGGGGGCGGGGGCUUUGGUGAGAUCUAUGAGGCCAUGGACCUGCUGACCCGGGAGAAUGUGGCCCUCAAGGUGGAGUCAGCCCAGCAGCCCAAGCAGGUCCUCAAGAUGGAGGUGGCCGUGCUCAAAAAGCUGCAAGGGAAGGACCACGUGUGCAGGUUCAUUGGCUGUGGCAGGAACGAGAAGUUUAACUACGUGGUGAUGCAGCUCCAGGGCCGGAACCUGGCCGACCUGCGGCGCAGUCAGCCUCGAGGCACCUUCACGCUGAGCACAACGCUGCGGCUGGGCAAGCAGAUCCUGGAGUCCAUCGAGGCCAUCCACUCCGUGGGCUUCCUGCACCGCGACAUCAAGCCGUCCAACUUCGCCAUGGGCAGGCUGCCGUCCACCUACAGAAAGUGCUACAUGCUGGACUUCGGGCUGGCCCGGCAGUACACCAACACCACGGGGGACGUUCGGCCUCCUCGGAAUGUGGCCGGGUUUCGAGGGACUGUCCGCUAUGCCUCGGUCAAUGCCCACAAGAACCGGGAGAUGGGCCGCCAUGACGACCUGUGGUCUCUCUUCUACAUGCUGGUGGAGUUCGCGGUGGGCCAGCUGCCCUGGAGGAAGAUCAAGGACAAGGAGCAGGUAGGGAUGAUCAAGGAGAAGUACGAGCACCGGAUGCUGCUGAAGCACAUGCCCUCAGAGUUCCACCUCUUCUUGGACCACAUCGCCAGCCUCGACUACUUCACCAAGCCCGACUACCAGUUGAUCAUGUCGGUGUUUGAGAACAGCAUGAAGGAGCGGGGCAUCGCCGAGAACGAGGCCUUUGACUGGGAGAAGGCAGGCACUGACGCCCUCCUGUCCACGAGCACCUCCACCCCGCCCCAGCAGAACACCCGGCAGACGGCAGCCAUGUUCGGAGUGGUCAAUGUGACACCGGUGCCUGGGGACCUGCUCCGAGAGAACACCGAGGACGUGCUGCAGGGCGAGCACCUGAGUGACCAGGAGAACGCACCUCCGCCCCUGCCUGGGAGGCCCCCGGAGGGGCUGGGCCCCAGCCCCCACCUGGCCCCCCACCCUGGGGGUCCUGAGGCUGAAGUCUGGGAAGAGACAGAUGUCAACCGGAACAAACUCCGGAUCAACAUCGGCAAAGUAACCGCAGCCAGGGAGGAGGGCAGCCGAGGUGGGGGAGUCCCCCGCUCCCCGGUGCGGGCCCCCCCAGACUCCCCGACAACCCCAGUUCGUUCUCUGCGCUACCGGAGGGUCAACAGCCCCGAGUCGGAGAGGUUGUCCACGGCGGACGGGCGAGUGGAGCUGCACGAAAGGAGGUCACGGAUGGAUCUGCCCGGCUCGCCCUCGCGCCAGGCCUGCUCCUCGCAGCCGGCCCAGAUGCUGUCAGUGGACACAGGUCAUGCCGACAGGCAGGCCAGCGGCCGCAUGGACGUGUCAGCCUCCGUGGAGCAGGAGGCCCUGAGCAACGCCUUCCGCUCCGUGCCACUGGCCGAGGAGGAGGAUUUCGACAGCAAGGAGUGGGUCAUCAUUGACAAGGAGACGGAGCUCAAGGACUUCCCCCCAGGGGCCGAGCCCAGCACGUCGGGCACCACGGAUGAGGAGCCAGAGGAGCUGCGGCCGCUGCCCGAGGAGGGCGAGGAGAGGCGGCGGCCCGGGCCAGAGCCCACUGUCCGACCUCGGGGACGCGGCAUGCAGACGCUGGCCGAGGAGGACCUGCGGCAGAUGCCAUCCCACCCCCCACCACCCCAGCUGAGCCAGGCUGAAGGCCGGUCGGAGACAUCACAGCCCCCCACACCCGGCAGCCCUUCCCAUUCACCGCUGCACUCGGGACCGCGUCCUCGGAGGAGAGAGUCGGAUCCCACAGGCCCGCAGAGACAGGUGUUCUCCGUGGCACCCCCAUUUGAAGUGAAUGGCCUCCCACGAGCUGUGCCUCUGAGCCUGCCCUACCAGGACUUCAAGAGAGACCUCUCCGACUACCGAGAACGGGCACGGCUGCUCAACAGGGUCCGGAGGGUGGGCUUCUCGCACAUGCUGCUCACCACCACCCAGGUCCCGCUGGCUCCUGUCCAGCCUCAGGCGAAUGGCAAGGAGGAAGAGGAGGAGGAGGAAGAGGAAGAAGAGGAGGAAGAGGAAGACGAGGAAGAGGAGGAGGAAGAGGAGGAGGAGGAGGAGGAAGAAGAGGAGGAGGCAGUGGCCUUGGGGGAGGUGCUGGGGCCCCACAGUGGCUCUAGCAGUGAAGGCAGCGAGAGGAGCACUGACCGGAGCCAGGAGGGCGCCCCCUCUACGCUGCUGGCUGAUGAUCAGAAGGAAUCCAGGGGCCGGGCUUCCAUGGCUGAUGGGGACCUGGAGCCUGAGGAGGGCUCCAAAACGCUGGUGCUCGUCUCCCCCGGCGACAUGAAGAAGUCGCCUGUCACUGCCGAACUGGCCCCCGACCCCGACCUGGGCACCCUGGCUGCCCUCACUCCUCAGCAUGAGCGGCCUCAGCCCACUGGCAGCCAGCUGGACGUCUCUGAGCCGGGCACCCUGUCCUCUGUCCUCAAGUCUGAGCCCAAGCCUCCUGGGCCUGGGGUAGAGCCCGGGGCUGGGGCGGUGAGCACAGGCGCAGGGGGAGUGGCAGUCACCUCCUCACCCUUCACCAAAGUUGAGAGGACCUUUGUGCAUAUAGCGGAGAAAACCCACCUCAACGUCAUGUCCUCCGGAGGACAAGUGUCCCGGUCUGAGGACUUCAGCACUGAGGGCGAGCUGGGUCUAGAGGCACCCUCGGUCGGGGGUGCUGGGGAAGAGGUCCCAGUGCCUCUGGAGAAUGGCAUGGCCCUGUCCGGAAUGGAUGGGGCCGAGAUGGAGAGCUGCGCCCUGUCUGCCCCCCCUGGAGAGAUCCCUGUGCCCAACGGCCCCGCUCCCACGGACAGGCCAGCCCCCGCGACCCCACCGGAGCCGGGCCCCGAGAAAGUGGCCAGCAUCUCCCCUAUCCGCCACGCCAUGCCAGGCCCCCGGCCCAGGAGCCGGAUCCCUGUCCUGCUGUCUGAGGAGGACACGGGCUCAGAGCCCUCGCGCUCGCUGUCAGCCAAAGAGCGGUGGGGCAAGAGGGCCAGGCCGCAGCAGGACCUGGCGCGCCUGGUGAUGGAGAAGCGGCUGCUCCUGCGCCGGGCCUCGGGGGCCUCGUCCUCCUCCAGCGAGGAGCAGCGCCGGGCCUCCGAGACUCUCUCAGGCACCGGCUCCGAGGAGGACACGCCCGCCUCCGAGCCCGCGGCUUUGCCCCGGAAGGCCGGGCGUGCAGCUGCCGCCAGGAGCCGGAUUCCCCGCCCCGUCAGCAUCCGCACGUCCACACCCGCUGCAGCCCAGCAGAUCCCCAGCAGACCCCAUGACGCAGCCCCAGCAUCUGACACAGCCAUCACCAGCAGGCUCCAGCUGCAGAAGCCCUCAGGGUCGGCGGUUGCUGCUGACCUCCGCCCCAAAGCGCUCCCUGGGCGGGGCUCGGGCCCAGGGCGAACCCAAGCCGGCGCCAAGGCCCCAGCCUCCCGAAGUCCGGGGCUCCCUGCCUCCGCCGCGCGCAAUUCCAGCGCGUCCCCGAGAAGCCAAUCCCUAUCCCGCAAAGAGAGUCCCUCCCCUUCGCACCAGGCCCGGCCUGGGGUCCCUCUGUCCCGGAGUGUCCCACAGGCCCGGGCCCAACCUGACGGCACCCCCUCCCCAGGGGGUCCCAAGAAAGGACCCAGAGGGAAACUCCAGACUCAGCGCGCAGCAACCAAAGGCCGAGCGGGGGUCGCAGAGGGUCGGGCCGGGGCCAGAUAAUGACGCCCGCAGCUCACCUGGCCCCAACCCUCACCCCGGCCCCCCACCCGCCG